GCAGACCCGACCCGAGCAGAGCCGUGAGGAGAGCCUCCGGGACAGCGCCUCUGAUCGGACUCGGCUGCUCCUCUUAAAUGUAUCACCGUGGCUGUAUGGGACUAGACCUGGGCUAAGAGGGAUCUGUGGUCGUAAACCUAUAUACAGUUUAUAUACACACGGUAUAUAAACAGAUUUAUUGAUUGUGGGUUGGUGAGUAUUGGUGAGAGUUUUUUAGUCAUGUCCAGAAGAAAGGUGAGGGGGUUGACCCGGACCGGGCGCCAGGUCAGCGAGGACCCGGACCUUGACAACCUGCUGUCAAACCUGUCGCCCGAAGAGAUGGAGGAGCUGCAGAAGGAGGUGUCCACGGUGCCUGACCCCGACCCCAGCGAAAUGAUCGUUGUGGACCAUGCAGAUCAGAAGCAGAGUGGACCUAACAAGAAGGAGUCCAGCUCCAACAACCGGGACGAGCAGCUUGAGUCCAAGAUGCGCCUGCAGAGGAACCAGUCCACCGAGGGUGAGACUCGAAGGGAAAGUCGGAAGCAAGAGUAUCUGAGAAAAAUGGGUCUAAGCCAGGAGAAGAAUGCUCCCCCAUCAGACUCCAGGGAUGGAGGGCUUCAGAGGCAAACCAGCAUCUCCACACCCAGUUCUUUCCCAGCUAAGCAAGAUAAGAAAAUGGAGGACAGGAACUCAAGAACCGUAGAAGAACCCAGAAGCAUCCGAGCAGGACAAUUCAAACGAGAGGAAGAAAGUGCGAAGAAAGGUGACAUGAAAGAGAAAGUGCAAAACGAUGACAGCAAACUCAGAGAACGACGAGAGACAAGAGAAAGUAGCAGCAGCAAGACAAAAGAGCUGAUCUCCAAACUUCAGGAGAAAAAGGAAGAGCCCAAAGAGAAGGACAGAAGAGAUGACAGUCGGAAGAGGGAGUCGACAGACAGCAAGACGCGGGAGAUGAUCUCCAGGAUACGAGAGAAGCAAGAUCAGGAGGAAAAGAAGGAACGUGAGAGACGAGAGGAAGCCAAGAAAAGAGAGGAGGUCAGGAUGAAGGGACUUAUCUCGAAGAUGGAGGAGAAAAAGAAUCAGGUUGAAGAGAGCAAGACGAACGGAGAAGAACGACAAAGGAAGACAGAGGACAAAGAGAAAGAGGAGAAGGUAGAAAAACAACUGGAAGUAGAGAAGUCCAAAGAGAUGGUGAAAAGUGGAGUGAAGAAGGAGCCUAAAAUUACAGACAGAGAAGACAAAGAGAAAGAGAAAGAGAAGGAACAGAAGGAUAAAGAUCUACCUAAAGGUAAAGAGGAGCUAAAGACAAAGUUUGCCGAAAAGAAAAGCUCUGCCGACAAAGAGCAAACUGUGAUUCACAACGACAUCCACGAGUCUGGCAAAGAGAAAACGAUUGAAAACUGUCAGUCGGAAAAUAACACCAAAACAAAGAGCAAAGAGGAGGAGGAGGAAGAGGAGUCCACCAGUAUGUUUGCUGAAGAUCUGGAACGAGUCCGCCGCAACGAUCCCACCAUGGCUGAAGUCAAUGUCAACAACUCUGAGGUCAUCAAAGUCAAAACCCUCAUUCAGUUUGCUGAAGCCCUGAAUAACAACACUCACAUCAAGAGUUUUGCCCUCGCCAACUGCCGAGCAGACGACCACGUAGCUUAUGCCAUCGCUGGCACCUUACGCAACAACAAGACCCUCACCAGCGUCAACCUGGAUUCAAACCUUCUCACCAGCAAAGGGAUCAUGGCACUGGUCCAGGCCCUUCAGUACAAUUCCACCCUCACCGAACUCCGCUUUCACAACCAGCGACACAUCUGCGGAGGCAAGUCGGAGAUGGAGAUGACAAAGAUAUUAAAGGAAAACACGACCCUCCUAAAGCUGGGAUACCACUUUGAGCUGGCCGGACCACGCAUGACCAUGACCAACAUCCUCAGUCGCAACAUGGACCGGCAGCGGCAGAGACGACUGCAGGAGCAGAAGCAAGCCCAGGCCCAGGGCAACGGCGACAAGAAGGACUCACUCGAAGUCCCGAAGAUCGGCUUCAGCAAAACCUCUCCGAGGAGUUCACCAAAACCCUCUCCCACCCCCUCUCCUGUUCCGUCUCCCAAGUUGAUCCCCAAGAAGGGACAUGGUGGUCCUCCACCCCCACCUCCACCACCUGGAGGCUUGCCACCACCACCGCCGCCAAUUCUGGACGGUGACUUUCUGAAGAACUCCCUGACCCCUGUGUCUCAGAGAAAGGUCGAGGACAGAACUGGAGGCCGAGGCGGAAGCCUAAACUCACGAGACCAACUUCUGGCCUCCAUAAGAGGUGCCAACCCUAAAAAGCUAAAAAAGGUUGAACUACCGAAGCUCCUGCAGUAAUCAGACCGAGAUAGUGGAGUGAAGAUGGACGAGAGAACGAGGCCGGACCUCUCAUGGACCCGGAACUGGUCAGAACCAGGCAUAAGUAACCAGUCUACUACUGCCCUGUAUGAUGGACCACAGGCGAGGGGUGGAUAUUGGUCGGUUUAUGGGAUGGAUUCUCAGCUUCAGCCAGGAUCUCUCGCAGUACCCCGGACUCUGUAGAGAACCGGAACCUGGUGAAGCUGUGGGGCGACACAGAGGCUGAGGGUGCCAGCCUGAGGGGAUGCCUUGCUUAUUUUUUUGCACUAAAUGAAGCAAUUCUUUUGAGAGUGUGCAGUACAGUGUGUUUGUGUGUGUGAAUGGAGAAAUGGUGCAUUUUAGAGCAGAUUUAACUCAGCUUCCAGUGACUGACUGCUUAAACUCAAUGGGAAUAUUUUUCUGUUUGGAAUUUUAAUUAUGCUACCAUAAUUCAUCAGAUGUAAGAAGAUUCAUUUGGAACGGUUUGUUGGCAAAUUUGCAGACUGAGGUUUUUUUAGAAUGGUGAAGAUGGGAAGUAGAAGCCUGUUUACACCUGGUUACUUAAUUUAGUUUUGAGAAUCAGGAUUAGGCCAAACCGCAUUAAAAAUACUAGUGUAAACACAUCCAAUACGCAUCUUCUUUGUUUGUUUUUUUGUUUUUUUAAUAAUCAGGGAAUUUACUUCUUAAACCCUAGAUUUCAGAUUCUGUUAUAAAUUCUAAUGAAGAAACAAUAAUGAAGUAUUUGUAUACAACUGUUUCUCAUAUUGUCUGCCGUCUCACAGGGUUUUUUUUAGGGCCUAUAAAACUGACAUUAAUUAAUGUGGUUUGAAGGUGAAGAUCUUUGAGCAUGUGUACGGGUUUAAGGAGUGAAAAAAAAGGAAUUCAAUCAAAAUCUCACUAAAGAACCUUUUCAUGUCUUUCAGAACUUUUAAAUGAACGUUUCUUUAAAUGAUUAUAUUUGAAAUUUACUGUACUAAACGUGGGAUUCAAUGUCCAAGAACUAGAACUAUAUAUUAAGAGUGUAUUAAUAUAAAACCUCUUAAAGUUAUUUCUCAAACGUUCCUGUAACACAACAAUAUAAUAGAAUUAAUAAUAACAAUAAUAAUAGAAUAAUAUAAUAGUUCUUAAUAGCCAGAGGAAUCCUAUUAAAAUAACAGAGUUUGGUGGCGCCGAGUGGUCCAGCGGUCUAAAGCGCUGCCACUAUGAGCAGGAGGUCGCCGGUUCUAACCCCAGCUCAUGCAGCUUUGCCAUCAAGCUGCCGGCGUUAGAGGGAGCAAAAUUGGCCAUUAAAUCAUUAAAGACCACGUCCAUCUUCAAUAACCUCAUAUAGAACAUUGCAAAAUUGUCAUAUAGCAAAAUUGGCCCUGCUCCCUCUGGGUGGGUAGAUGGCGCUCUCUCCCCACAUCACUCCUACGGUGAUGUCUGCAGCACAGGGCGUCUGUGAGCUGAUGUACCAGAGCCGAGCUGCUGUGCUUUCCUCCAAGCGCGCUGGCUGCUCGGUAAUGAAAAAGCUCGAAAAGAAGCGGUGGCUGGCAUGUAUCGGAGGAAGCAUGUGUUAGUCUUCACCCUCCUGGUGUGUUGUGGAGGGUGACACUAGUGACACUAGGGUGACACUAGUGACAGGGGGAGUCCUAGUGGGUGUGUUGGGUAAUUGGCCGUGUAAAUUGGGGAGAAAAUGGGAAAAAUUUGAAAUAAAAUUAUUAAAAAAAAAUAAAUAAAUAACAGAGUUUAUAAUUAUUACAGGUGACUCAGGAUGAAGAUGUGAUUUCAUACGACUACAAAUGUUCUAUAUGAGGUUAGUGAAGAUGGACGUGGUCUUUAAUGAUUGAUCUCAGUCUCUUUUACAGCUGUAUGGAUUUCUGCUCUAACUUGUUUGCUUUUUGGAUAUUUGGUGUUGUUGUACUCUGCCACGUCUCUCACGCUCUGGGUAUCGGCUGUGUGGGUGGAAAUAUUGUUCAAUGUCAGCACAUCAAUAAAUUGCAUUAUUUUAAUUAA